UUGGGAGCUGGUUAAAGCUGCUCUGGCAUGAAGGGGGGGAAAGCAAUGCAUCAACUCUCUUUGCAUUUAGAGGUUGUCAAAGGCUUUGAAAGAAAGAACAAUUCAGCUAUCAGGGAAUUUGAGUUAUUAGGCUUAACACGUUCUCCUGAAAUACAGAGAAUUUUAUUCUGGUCAUUCGUAUUUAGUUAUGUUAUGGCUCUGCAUACUAGCAUCAACAACACUGACAUAAAGAACAAGACUGCCAUUCUGGAGUUUAUUCUUGUUGGGCUAUCUACAACGACUGAAAUGCAGACCCUUCUCUUCUGGGUAUUCAUUGUCAUCUAUGCUAUGGCUCUAACUGCCAACUUCUUCCUCAUUCUUACCAUAUACUGUUACAGAAAACUCCACACCCCUAUGUAUUUCCUCACUGUCAAUUUGUCUUUAGUGAAUGUAUUAUCCAUUUCAGUUACCAUCCCUAAAUUACUGCACAAUCUUUUGACUGGAAGAAAGACCAUCUCAUUUUAUGGAUGCAUUGCACAAGUCUAUCUGUUUAUCUGGGCUUUGGGAACAGAACUUUUACUUCUCUCCUUUAUGGCUUUUGAUCGCUAUGCUGCUAUCUGUCACCCUUUGCAGUAUACUAUUAUUAUGAGGAAGGAAGUGUGUUUGGGCAUAACCAGUAUUGUAUGGAUUUUUGGAAUGAUCAAUUCUGGAAUCCAUGCUGGACUUAUGUUAAAGCUCUCUUUUUGUAACUCCAAUAUUAUCAAUCACUUCUUCUGUGAUAUACCCCCUUUAUUGCAACUCUCAUGUUCAGAUAAAAAUCCAAAUGAAACUAUGGAAUUUAUUUCAGAUGUGAUAUUUGGGAUUUGCAGUUGUGGACUAACUUUCACAUCCUAUUUUUUUAUAUUAAAAACAAUUUGCUUAUUGCGUUCCACUGAAGGGAAGAAGAAAGCCUUCUCCACAUGUUCUUCACACUUCAUUGUAGUCAGUAUUUUCUUUUCGUCAGUCAUCUAUACAUAUAUCAGGCCCUCCUCAGUCUACACUCUUGAUCAGGACAAGCUAAUUUCUCUUCUUUAUACAGUGAUAACUCCAAUUGUUAAUCCAAUAAUAUAUUCAUUGAGAAACAAAGAUUUUAUAGAAGGACUAAAAGCACUUAUAGGGCGAAUUAGGCUGCUCAGUUGACCUAUACUUUAAAAUAUUAAUCUGGAGAAAAAAUCUAGUAGACAAAAAGUCAACACUUUCUCUUAAAUAAACCUUUUUUCAUUAUUUGUGUUCUCUAAUUGUAUAUCAUAAAUGUGUGUGUGUGUGUGUGUGUGUAUACACACACACACACACACAUACACACACACACACCAGAGUCUUCACUCCGGAGCAAAGUUCAUACAUAUGCAACUAUGUCAAAUAUACCUCGCAUUAGUAAAUUUAAUAUCAAUAUCUCAGUGGUUAAGCAUUAAAGCAAAUCUUUCAACAUGUCAUGCCAACAUUGUAAAUCUUUUUGCAAACAUCUUGGAUUUCUGAACAGUUUUCAAUUUUUGCAUGUUGCAGGAGUCAAGUUAUAAUAUAACAAAUUUAAGUAUUCAAACAAUAACUUCAGUAUAAUCUUGCUAAUAUUAAGUAAAUCUAGUCUUCCUGGAUAUUCAUAAAAAGCAAAAACACACAAGACACCUGUUUUAUAAAAUGAUCAAAAAUCAACUGAGAAUUUAUCUUCACAUCUCUUUUUUUCUCCUACAAUAUUUAUUUCUUAUAAAACAUAAAUGUAUAUGUACAGAGAUAAUAUUUUUUACCAAGCUCUUUAUACUAUCUUCCUUUAUUUCAAGGAUAGGAAACUCCCUUCAAGCUGGUAGGCCAUAACUUAGUUAUAUUUCAGCAACACCUUGAGAUCAUGUGACUGAAAUUUGAGAUUAAUCAAAUCAUGAUUUAAAAAAAGGGAGACAAAUUCAGAUAAAACAUUUAAUAGUACUGUAUUGAUAUUACAAUACACUAAAUAAUUAAGUUGAGAAGUUUAUGAGUUAGAUCAAGAUCUGUAGAAAGAAAGAGGUUUCUUUGAAGUGAAAGACCAUAAGGCAAUGGAUAAAACAGAGAUAGCAAUGUGAAAGAAAAUAUAGUUUUCAAGGACAAGAUAUAUGGAGUAUAUAGCA